UCAUGUGUUCUACCCACAGUUUGUUGGCUAGUUAAAAACAUAUUUUCAAACUUACCAUACUGAAAAACUUAUGUGAGGAAUGGCUGAAGACUAAUAUUGUGAAUUUGUGAUACCAACUUUAUUAGUACCUAACUUUAAGUAGGCUAUCAAGCAAACAAAAGUAGCCUACCUACCUAAAGGCUAAGUACGGAAGUAGCAGCCCUUGACUGGUGACCUCCUUCUUCUGUUUUUCAAGACAAAUCUUCAGCAGUAUCUACAAGAACAACAAUUACAAUGGAAGAAAGAGAAGUUACUUUCAAAGAUUUGGGCCUGAUUGAUGAGCUGUGUGAGGCUUGUGAAAAAAUGAAAUGGACCAAACCUACACAAAUCCAAAAAGAAGCCAUCCCUGUGGCCUUACAAGGCAAAGAUGUUGUUGGGAUUGCUGAGACUGGUUCAGGCAAGACAGGAGCCUUUGGACUGCCCAUCCUACAAGCAUUAUUACUAAAACCUCAACGCAUGUUCGCCCUCAUCCUCACACCCACCCGAGAGCUGGCCAUACAAAUUAAGGAGCAGCUCGAUGACUUGGGUCGAGAGUUUGGGCUGUCGUGUCUGGCAGUGGUGGGUGGCAUUGACAUGACGCAGCAGGCGCUGAUGCUCCUCAAGAACCCUCACAUUAUCGUUGCCACCCUCGGCCGCAUCGUCGACCACCUCAAGCACCUUAAGGGCUUCUCACUUUCUUCAAUUAAAUAUUUGGUGAUGGACGAAGCUGACCGUGUAUUAAAUUUGGAUUUCGAGGAAGAAGUGGACCGCGUGGUGCGGGCGCUGCCUAAGCAGCGUACCACGAUGCUCUUCUCGGCAACUAUCACUAAUAAGGUGACGAUAAUGACAGGCUUGGACAUCCCGUGCGUGGAUUACGUCAUCAACCUGGAAGUCCCUUCAUCAAGCGACGACUACAUUCACCGAGUCGGGCGCACAGCGCGUGCCGGUCGCUCUGGUGUUGCAAUCACGUUUGUAUCGCAGUUUGAAAUAGAAGACUUCCUACGCAUCGAGAAAGUCGUGCUGCAGGGCUCGGAUGAAAAGAACAUGCCAGUUUAUCCAACCGAAAAGCAAGACGUUGAAAAGUUCACAGAAAAAGUCAUAGCUGCGGAAAAAUCAGCCAAAUCGGAGAUGAAGCGCAUCGAGGACGUGAAGAAAGCCAACAGAGGCGAGAACAGCGACGACGAUGACACCGAAGAAAGCAAGCGCGUCAGGAAGCGACUUAAGAAGGCACAAGACGAGGAAAAACCAAAGAGAAAGUUUGUUGUGAGGACCAAGAAAACUGUCAAGCCUAGAAGAAAAUAAAAUCUUGUGCAUUAAUA